AUGAAGGGUUGGGAUUUCAUCGACAAAAUAAUGAAUACCAGUUAUGGAUACCCCAACACACUGGAUACAAAAAUCAAAAUCUUUAUUGGGAUAUUUUUAUCGCUCGGCAUCGUGGAUCUUCUAUUGAGCGUUGGAAAUCGAUACGAGCAACUUAUGGAUAGACAUGCUGAAAAUAUGUCAGCCUUGAUUUAUUUUAAUGAUACAUUUCACCAGUUGUUUGUUUAUGUACCAUUUUCAAUUCCUUCUGCUAUAUAUUGCACGUUAAUAACAGUUCAUUCAAACUUAACAUGGGCAUUAAAUGAUUUAUUUAUUAUAAUAACUAGUACUGCUUUAGCAAUGCGAUUCCAGCAAAUAUACCAGAAAUUAGAUUUAGAAAGUCACAAAUAUUCAAAUAAUUCAGUAAUAUUUUGGAAACAAAUUCGUGAAGAUUAUGACAGGUUGGCAAGUUUUUGCAAAGAACUAGACGCUCAUAUUUCAGCUAUAGUUCUUUUGUCGUAUUUUUUAAAUAUUUUUUUUCUCUUGAUACAGCUUUAUCACAGCUUAGAGUCUAUUUCUCUCACAUUGGGUAAAAUUUAUUUUAUUUUUUCCUUCGGUUAUUUAAUUUUUAAAACUACAAUGGUAUCGCUUUAUGCCGCAUGGAUAAAUGACGAAAGUAAAUCCCCACUGAAUAUUCUAAAUUCAGUCGAUUCAUCAUUGUAUAAUAUUGAAAUUCGUAGAUUAUUAACGCAAAUCAGUUUUGACAAAACUGCAUUGACCGGCUGCAAGAUGUUUAGCGUUAAAAGAGGAAUUAUUUUAAGUGUCGCAAGCGCAAUAGUUACCUACGAAUUAGUUCUUAUACAAUUUAGCCAAGCUAAUUUGUACGAUAGUGUUUCAUAA